GGUGCGAGUGACGUCAGGUCACGUGACGGGGUGGGCAGUAUCGCUAAUUGACGCGCGCCAUUUUGACGAAGAGUGACACUGUCGCUUUGCAAGGCUUCAUGUGACACAGGCAGGGCGGGGCCAUGUCCGUGGUCCCCCAGCCCCCAUCGUAUCAGGAAGCACAGAUCUUGGCUCAAGCUCAGGCCGUGGCCUCCGGGGCCUCCGUCGUACAAGAUGUUGGAGGAGCUACUACCAUCAUAACAGUGGGUCAGCCUGUGGGCGGUGCUGCUGUGUCCGAGGCAGAGGCUCUACAGGUGGAGAAUUAUAAACAGGCCAUAUACAGACACCCGUUAUUUCCGCUUAUGGCGUUGCUGUUUGAGAAAUGUGAGCAAGCCUCUCACUCCCACGACUGCCCGACCUCUGAGAGCUUCGAUGUCGACAUCCAGGCCUUUGUGCAGCACCAGGAGAAGGAACACAAGGCCUUCUUCAGCGAUGAUAACGAACUUGAUAAUUUGAUGGUUAAAGCGAUACAAGUGCUACGAAUUCAUCUCUUGGAACUAGAGAAAGUGAAUGAACUGUGUAAAGACUUCUGUACACGUUAUAUAGCGUGUUUGAAGGGCAAGCUGCAGAGUGAGAAUCUGUUACGUAUAGACAACAUAUACGACGACUCGUCGCCUCCCUUGCCGGGAACACCGCAGCCUAGUCAACCAACCAAUCCGAUGCAGGUUCAGCAACAGGUCGUGACCCCUGGGGUCGUGACCUCUGUUAACGGCAAUGUUGUGAUUCAGAAGGGGAUAGCCCAGCCUACUGUUUCCAUGGCAACAAUAAAUCAAGGACAAAUUGUGUCAGGGAAUACAGUGUAUCAGAUGGUGCACACACCUCAAGGAAUUGUCGCACAACCAAUUCAGAUUCAAAGUACACCUUCAGUGCAAGCUCCAAUUAUGACCCCCACAGCAACUGUGAUACAUGGCAGCACCCCACUGUCUCAGAUAGGGGUGGUCGGGGCACCUGUUGUGUCACAAGUCAGUACACCUACAGCCUCUGUGGCUCCCCAGGUCCCAUCACAGAUGUCAGCGGCCAGCCUCAGUGCUUUGUUUGAUGAUGACGACUUCGGCAAGAAGAAGAGCAAGCGAGGAGUUCUACCGAAACAGGCCACUCAGGUCAUGAAAACAUGGCUGUUUCAGCAUAUAGUGCAUCCGUACCCAACAGAAGAUGAGAAGAGACAAAUAGCCAGUCAGACAAACUUGACCCUGCUUCAAGUAAAUAAUUGGUUCAUCAAUGCCCGACGCCGGAUACUGCAGCCCAUGCUAGAUGCCAGUAACCCAGAAACCACUAAGACAAAGAAGAGUAAACCCCAGACCCGACCACAGCAGAGAUUCUGGCCGGACAGUAUAGCCAAUAUCACGCCCCAGCUGCCAGCUGGAGACGGUCAGCUGUGUGAUAACCAACAACAGCAUCAGGUCAUUGGUUCACAGGGACAACCAAUUGUGCUUCCUGUGAUGACUGAAGGGCAGAUAAUCACGUCACUUCCAAAUAUUCACCAUUCUUCCAGUUCUCCUCUCGGCGAAGACGAAGGAAUUAAGAUGGAGGCGGAGCAUGGGGGGGAAGAGUCCGACUCUAGUAAAGAUGACAAUUAGAUGUUUUCCUGUUACAAUUGCUCACUAAGUGAGAUCGUAUUUGUUCAUUCUCAUGUGUGCUUCCUAUGAUAUGCCAAGUCCCAGAAUGCACCAUACAGAACAUCUCCUUUAGUCUCCUCAGUGGGAUAUGGCAACUGUUGACCUUGUAACGAGUGUGUUGGUAACCUGAAUGUGUGGCAUGGCUGCAAACAAUUCUUCCUUCAUUCUUUAACCAAUCGGAUCCCUUUCUUCAAAUCAUAACGGCAGUACGGAACGGCCAGGUGUGAUUUUCCAAAACAAACAACUUCCGCAAAACUAUUCUUAUCUUACAAAUAAGGGUUACUUUACAGAUGUCAUCACCCGGUAUUGAAAACAAGAGACAUUUGUGGCUUGGGGGGUGAUGAUGAUUUUUAUGGAGAAGCUUGUACAAUGUGAAUGACCCCCCUAAAAUUGAUGUACAAAGUAAGUGGCCCCCGGCAUGUAAUGAUGUAAUGUACAAAAUUAAUGCCACCCCAAUAAGUUUUAAGCAUAUUUCUCUUCUUUUGUUUUAAUGUACAGAAUUGCUGAUCCCCCUAGUUAAUGUGUACAAAAUUGAUGACACCCCCUACCUCCCCAGAACAAAAUGGGUGACCCCCCGUAUAAAUCAUCAUCACCCCUCCUAGCCACAAAUUAUGAACCGUAUUGGCAUCGUGUAUUUUUCAAAGUAGCCUUCAAUAAGAACUCUUGAUGACUUGUUUCCAUGGUUACAAAUGAUGGAAAGAGAUAUGUUUACGGGUGAAGUUGGUGCUGGACACAAGUAUUAUAUGGAUGGCCUCUUGUUCAAAUCAUCAACUCAUCUUUCUUAUCUCUUCUUGCACUUGUUAGUAGUGGCGUUGUAAGUGUUAUUAGGUUCAACAAAGCACUGGUACAUUUAUCCGAACAAAACAGCAGAGCAUUCGUGAUUUUCAAAUAGGCGUAUUUAUCGUUACGACUGCAUGAAUUACCAAAAAAAAUAUUUCAUGAAUAUUCUUUUAACCCAUCAGACUUUCUUCUUUUGAUGCUAGUGAUGUGUGUAUUUGCCCCAGUCCUUACUAUGAAAGUUUAUUUGUGGUGAAAUCGUAUACUGUGGUAUUAGUAGAACUGCAGUAUUUUGCCUUCAGCUCGGUAUAAUCCAAAAAAUUCGGUUUUCAUACCGUCAUUUCUAUCCAGUCAUAACAUGACAGUUUUGUUCAUCAAAAUAGCAAAGAUUUUGGUUAUUAAACCAUGUUAUUAAACAAUGUAAGGUUUGACUCUUCUUGUCAUUUUUCUGCAUUGUGAUCAUAUCUCAUAUACUGAAUCGAAACUGAACCAAAGGCCUUGUAACUCAAUACGUAUCGUUGUAAGAGUGUACCGUUUCACCCCUCAAGUUUAAGUGUGUUGUUCACAGUUGUGUGCGAGGAGAGGCAUAAGGCAUGUCUGCAUUUUUCAAGUUAAGAGUUUUGCCAAUAUAAAAAAAAACACAAAUUUAACUUUGAGUGGCAUUUAAGGGGCUGGGAGGUACAAUGCAGACAAAUGUAUGAAUAAAUGUGUCUUUAUUUCGUGAGAGCGACGUUUCAAUACACAUUCUCUGCUUGACAACAGUACAAGAAUCUAUUGAAACGUCGUACUCAUGAAAUAUAGAAUUUGUUAUCCGUAACGUUUGUCUAUUAAACACAAGAUGAGGAGACCUGCAGAAUUAUUUCAAAAUGAUACUAUUUCACAUCAAAGUUGACACAGUGAUGUUUGACAAUACCAAUGACUCCUAACACAGCUCUCCUUCAUAAAAUUGCUUCAUCCACCAUUUUGAAUCAUAAAUUUCUUUGUUGUCCAUUUUCUACUGUUACUUCCAUUUAUAGGGGGUCUGUUGACAACAGGAAUUAGCUGUAAUGUCAUGAAUGUCACUGUGGGGUGGUGGGGUAGCCUUGUGGUUAAAGUGUUUGCUUGUCACCUCAUACCCAGGUUCUGUUCUCUACAUGUCCCCACCAGGACUCCCUUUGUUGCUGGCAUAUUUCUAAAAUUGAUAUAGGAUCCUGCUCCCUGACCCCAAACACCCCCAAACACCCCCAUGUUCAGAGGAACAGAUAAGCUGCGUAUUUGCGUAAAUUACGCAAAUAUUUAUGCAAAACUCAAUUCCUAUUAAGUCUAUUACGUACAAGUACGCUGGAAGUUUUGUAAAUACGAAAUAAAUGUGAUCUUACAUGCGUACACACAAAAAUGUCAAAUCUUAACUUGCGUACCGGUGGAUAGAUAAAAUAACUGAAGUAUACUGAGAGGUUCUAUUUCAGGACUUGGACUUUACAACUUGCAGUCUUUCUUAUCGUUUCUCAUAUUACAGAUCAAAUGUUAAUCACGAAAACUAACAUUUAAACUUUAUUACAUUUUUAAAAUUAAUGGAAAAUGGCAAAAUACCCAAUUGAGCUUGAGUGAAGUGAGUACAAUUUAUUUCGUUACUCAAAAAAAUAAUUAGGAUACCCAAUUAAGAUGAAGACAAACGAAUACAUAACUCAAUUACCCAAACAGUUAUCUGUAGCUCUGCAUGUUGUUUCUGGAAUAGUGCUGAAAGUGUCUUAGAGAGCCACUCCCUACCCCACCAUGAUAUUGCUGAAAUACUGAUAACAGUUGGGUUUCAAGUGACAGAUAUGGCAGGAUCAGUUUUAUGUGGCAGUCCUUUAAAUAAUAGGUUUAUCUCCUAGUUUUAUACUCAUCCCUCCAUUCACAGUUUAACACAAGUAACCAUGGCAACAAUACUUAAGUAGGUAUGACUAUACAGAACUUGUAUUAGUACUGACCAUUCCUAGGGAUGUUAAAGCGCAGAAAUGUUUGACUGACUAUCCAGAGUAAGGGCUGCAUGCUCUUUGGGUAGAGCCCUGAUGAAGAUCUCAGUAAAAAUGCCAGUAGCACAUUGGUAUUGCUCAGACUGUUGAUCACACAGAGUAAGGGCCUUGUACUCUAUGGGUAGAGCCCUGAUGGAGAUCUCAGUAAAAAUGCUAGUAGCACAUUGGUAUUGCUUAAUUAUACAGAGUAAGGGCUGUGGGUAGAGCCCUGAUAGAGAUCUCAGUAAAAAUGCCAGUAGCACAUUGGUAUUGCUCAGAUUGUUGAUCACACGGAGUAAGGGCCUUGUACUCUAUGGCUAGAGCCCUGAUGGAGAUCUCAGAAAAAAUGCCAGUAGCACAUUGGUAUUGCUCAGACUGUUGAUCACACAGAGUAAGGGCCUUGUACUCUAUGGGUAGAGCCCUGAUGGAGAUCUCAGCAAAAAUGCCAGUAGCACAUUGGUAUUGCUCAGAUUGUUGAUCACACGGAGUAAGGGCCUUGUACUCUAUGGCUAGAGCCGUGAUGGAGAUCUCAGAAAAAAAUGCCAGUAGCACAUUGGUAUUGCUCAGACUGUUGAUUAUACAGAGUAAGGGCCUUGUGCUCUGUGGGUUCAGCCCUGAUGGAGAUCUCAGUUAAAGUGCCAGUAGCACAUUGAGUGAUGAGUAUUGACAUUUUUCCUUGUUAAGUCUACAUUUAGGGGAACAUACUGGACUUUCCAAAACAGCAUAAACCAGACACCCCAUACUCGCUCAGGCCCCUGCUGAUGUCUGGGAAAUAUGCUGAAACUUUGGUACAAAGGCUGUUUCUUGCCAGAAUUUAGAGGUUGCCAUCAAGCACGCCUGCCAAGCUCUGCUUAUCUCAUAUGAAGGCUUACAUUAUAGUGCUAUUGUUGAGUAUCACAGGAGCUUUCUGCUGUCCAAACUUGUCACAUCUUGUAAUUGUAUUCAGGGGAGGUACAGUAUCCUGGUGAUUAAAACAUGCCAUUGUCUUGCACAAGGCCUGUGAUGUUGCUAGAAUAUUCCUAAAAUUGUAAAAUGCUACUGACUCAGUUAUAACUGAUUUAUACUGAAUUCCAUUGUGACACAGCUAGGUCACAUGUUACUUGAGGUCUUCCAGCCUAUGAGUGUAGGUCAAUGGCUUCCUCUAAUCAUGAGCAUAAUGUCAGGGCCUAAAUAUGGUGCUAUGUAGCCGUAGAUCUGAUGUACAGGCCAGCUAUUCUCGAAACGUUCGUAGCCCUACGAACUUCUUAAGCCCAUUCUUAACACAUUGGCUAUGAUCAGAGUUAAGAAUUCUUAGGGCUAUGAACGUUAUGAGAAUAAGAGCCCAAGGCUCAAAACUGCUUUGCUUGUUUUCAGGAUGCACGUAGCGGGUGUUGCUUGACAGACAUCUUCUGUUCCAAUAUAGCUGUUGGGGUGGUUAUGUGCCCCUGUUACAAAAUUUGAACCUGUUUUGUUUUUUCAACAAUGCUUAUCUGAAAAAUGUGAGAAAAAUUAUUUGUUUUUAGUGGACUCCGAUGUGUUCUUCUAUAGGCACUAUAUAUACUACUGAACUUUCAAUCAGGAUACCGCAACAUUCGAUACUGUCACAGAACUAAGGACAACAGAUGAAGAGAAUGUGUAUUAAAAUUUAUUACUCGCCCGUGGAAGAUACUGCAGUGUAAUAUUUUCACGGCAAUAUUACACUAGUGUAAUACAGCUAUGACGUCACACUGCUAAUACCUCUGUUACAAUGGUAUUAGACUUUGUUUGACUUGCGGGAGCUGAGAGUCAUCACACUGUAGGCAGUUUCGCGGCAGCCUCUAUCAAUUUCUGUCAGAGAGUAAUAAACAGAAUACUAAACCGCUUCUGUGAAAUACCAUUUUUAUUAAACUCGUGAAAGAUUUAGUAUCAAACUUGCUUUUCACUCGUUUGAUACCAAAUCAUCAACUCGUUUACUAAAAAUGGUAUUACACGAAAGGUCGUUUAGUAUCCUCUAUAUCUUUCAUAAUUGUCAGCAUUCUCGCUUCCAUGGCAACAUAAGUCAUCUUCAGCAUCUGCCUUGUCCUAAUAAAAGUUUAGCAGUACAUUUCAUAUUGUUAUGGUUCAUAAAGAAUGUUUGCUUGAGUCCACAUUUAUCCAUUGACCACUGAUGAUGUAAAGAGAUUACAUCUACAUAUUCUGAGAUGAUUGUACCGGUAGUUGUACACUUUUACUUUCAUAAUCCAAAAAUGGAACUGUUGGCCAAAUAAGAAACAAACUGUAAAUAUUCAAUUCAAUUAAUUGCUUUAGGUUUGUUUUUGUUUUGUUUUUUUUUGGGGGGGGGGGCUUUCUGCUCGUUUUGGUUGAUUCAUAUACUGCAAAAUCAAAAUAAGGGUUGCCAAGGUUUUCAGUGAAUGUGACCUACAAUACAAUCCUCAUUAUUUUGUUCUGGUGGCUGAUAGUCAGUAGGAAGUAUCUUGUGCACUUCAAAGUAUAUCAGCUGUCGUUUAUCUUCUAAGUAAAAUUUCCAUUGAAGGAUUGUUAGAUUCUAUUUGAAUUUAGAUGAAACAAUUAAACCAAAAUGUAAAAUAUAUCUUGUAUUUUGGAGCUUUAUAUAAUUCAUUGAGCAGUUGAUGAUCUUAAAAGUGGAUUGGGUGGAUCAGUGCUCUAGUCCAGACUGGAUUAUUUACAGGCCACGGUCAUAUGGUUGGAAUAGCUGAAUAUGAAAACAAAACAUCUAAACACACACAGAUUGUCACUGUACUUUGUCACUGCCAUUAAAAGGUAAUUUAAUGGCAGUUAGAGUAAGGGGGGAGCAAAAGUACUUCUUUUCUUCUUCUUUUUACUUCAAGAGUUGUCUCCCUUUUGUUUCCUCAAUGUGGUAAACGUCUGAGGCCUGCGUUACUUUGAGACGUUCUAACUUCAGCUGACGCACCAUGAUAUACCUGACAUACUGUUCAAAUCAUCCUUACACCCACCUCACUUACUCUCAGAAAUUUUCAGCUUGGACCUAAGUAAACUGAUGAACUGUGGUGCAAUCUCCUGUGAAAGUAUUGACAAGGUAAAACUGGUUGUAGGUGCGACCACACUGUUGUUUGAUGUACUUAAUUCCGUGGUACGUAUUACGAUGCUUUACGAGGGAGGCAUGCAAUGUCUUCCACUGGUUUGUUACUAUGCAAUUGGCUUGUUAGAUUCAUUCACAAUUACUGUUGUAUAUUAUUGUAUAUUGAAAAAAUACACUGCAACUUUUUUAAAAGAAUAAAACCAAAAUAUAUGACAA